UGCGUCUGGUGUAGUCAAAAUGACUACCAGAAGAGGAUCCUUCAAGUCUGAGGACGCAAACGCUUGGCUCCGCUCCGUUUUAGAUAGGUGGUGCGAAAUGGGUAAUCAGCUUACCGAUGCCAUUAUUGUGUGCGACAACGCGCCAUGCCAUUCAAAGCUACACGAGGUAUGUGCAGAGUCCACUUUAUUGCGGCUUGGACCAUAUUCUCCUAUGCUUAACCCCAUAGAGAUAAUAUGGGGAAAAAUUAAGGCGAAUGUAAAGUCAAAUAUACGGACUCCAGACGUGAUUGGACCGGGUGUUAUUGAGCAAAGGUUGCAGUAUUUAGAGGGCCUAAUAAAAGACGCUGCCGCCGCUGUUAAUGGUGGAGAUUGCGCUAGAUCGGUGCAGCACAGUACGUCGUUCCACGCUGCUGUAAUUUCGCUUGACAAUAUGCCAGUUGGACAGUGAAAACUGUUCGUUGCAUUAGAUCUUUAUUGUAAUAUAAAACUUCAAUAAAAACAUUACUACAACCUAUAUACAUGUCUUAAUCUUAAAAAAAAAUGUUAGGUGCAAUAUGAACAAUUUAAAGGGAGACUUAGAAUAUGAUUCUAAAGUACAUUUGAUAUGUUCUAAAGUACAUUUGAUAUCUUCGAAAGUAUAUUUGAUGUUGUCGAAAGUAUAUUUGAUAUUGUCGAAAUUAUUUUUGAUAUUUUCGAAAGUACAUUUGACACUUUCUAAAGUACAUUUGAUACUUUAUAAUGUACAUUUGCUUGCUUCAAAAGUACAUUUGAUGUUUUCUAAAGUACUUUUGACUAAUCUAAAGUUUAUUUGACGCUUUCUAAGAUUGAAAUGAUGCUUUCUAAAGUACAUUUAAUAAAUCUACAGUACAUAUGACGCCUUCUAAACAACAUUUGACUAUUCUAAAAUCCAUAUGAUACUUUCUAAAACCGAAUUGACGCUUUCUAAAAUCAAACUGAUACUUUCCAAAGUACUAUUGGAAAAGGUGU